AAUGCAUUGUUAUUGAGAGUAACUUUUUUUUUAUCGAAGUGCGUGAUUCGUGUAUGAGCUGCUUUUGAGUGUUUGGAAUAUAUAUUAAAUAUCGAUAAUGAGAGUUAUACCUGGCACAAAAACAGUGUCAAAGUACUACAAUUCAAAUUAAGGAGUGGUUGUGAAAAUGUCGUCACGGAAAACUGCUGGGAGACGGGCUACCACAAAGAAGCGAGCUCAAAGAGCGACUUCGAAUGUCUUCGCAAUGUUUGAUCAAGCUCAGAUCGCUGAGUUCAAAGAAGCUUUUAAUAUGAUUGAUCAAAAUAGAGAUGGGUUUGUUGAAAAAGAAGACUUACACGACAUGCUAGCCUCAUUAGGAAAAAAUCCUACCGAUGAUUACUUGGAAGCAAUGAUGAAGGAAGCUCCUGGUCCAAUCAAUUUUACAAUGUUUUUAACAUUAUUUGGAGAACGGUUGCAAGGUACAGAUCCUGAAGAUGUUAUCAAAAAUGCUUUUGGAUGUUUUGAUGAAGAUAACAUGGGUGUCUUGCCAGAGGAUAAAUUACGUGAACUACUUACCACUAUGGGUGAUCGCUUUUCGGAUGAAGAUGUUGAUGAGAUGUAUCGAGAAGCACCAAUUAAAAACGGUUUAUUUGAUUAUAUAGAAUUUACACGUAUUCUGAAGCAUGGUGCGAAAGAUAAAGAUGAGCAGUGAAAUGUGUCAUUACAUAUUUGCAAGCGCAUAAUGUCUAAAAUCUUUAUUUAUAAUAAAUCGAUGUAUAUAUGAACAUAAAUGUUCAUCCUAUUCCAAAACCCUUUAGUACCUAAUUUCAAAAUCUUUAAUUACCUUGUUUCAUUUUAUAACUUCUAAAAAUAAAUAAAUCUAACCAAACUAGAA